AUGCUCAGCAUCUCUCGCGUUGUGGCCUUAUGCGCUGCGUUCGCGACACUCGCCAACGCCGCCACCCACUACGAGUACAAGACCGUCGACGUGGACUACAACUUCGACGAGAAUGAAGAAACCCCGCGCAGUGUCAUCAUGAUGAUUCCCGACGGCACGGGACCCAACGUGUUCACCCUUGCGCGAACUGUUCUCGACCCGACCCUGAAGACUCGGCUGCACAUUGACCCGCACCUCAUGGGCACCGUCCAGACGCACUCCUCCACGAGCUACAUCACGGACUCCGCUGCGUCCGCCACUGCCUACUCGACGGGUUACAAGACGUACGACUCGGCUAUUGCUGUGGACACGUACGAGCAGCCGCUGGGCACUGUGCUGGAGGCAGCCAAGGCGCGUGGCAUGGUCACCGGUAUGAUCGUCACCUGCCGCGUGACCCACGCCACCCCCGCGUCGUUCGCGUCUCACGUCAUUGACCGCGACUCGGAAGACGACAUUGCUGCGCAGUACGUCGCGAACAAGAACCUGGACUUCUUGCUUGGCGGUGGCCGGAAGCACUUCAACGACUCCAUGCUCGAAGACUUGCACGCUAACGGCUACACUGUUGCCAACAACUACCAGGACCUGCUCGACUACCAGUCAGCGAAUGAGGAAUCGGGUGCGCUUCGCCUCUUCGGCCUCUUCAAGGACAGCCACAUGACGUACGAAGUCGACCGUCUUCGUGAGCUGGCCGCCAACGACACCACUGCUCGCGAGCCGAGUCUGCCAGAGAUGGUGGAGAUCGUGCUGAGUCUCCUCCGCAAGAACGAGCAGGCCAAGAAGCACGGCUACUUCGUCAUGAUCGAGGGUUCCCGUGUAGACCACGCUGGCCACUCGAACGACCCCGGUACGAUGGCCAAGGAGGCGAUUGCCUUCGACGAGACGGUGGCCGUCGUGCUCAACCACAUUGAGCAGUCUCCGAACACCGCAAUGUUGUCUGCUGCCGACCACGGAACUGGUGGACUCACGCUCGGACGCAGCGGCAUGGAGUACCCUUACGUCUGGUACCCCACCCAGUUGCAGCUCCAGAACAUGUCGACCGAGGUCAUGCAGGAGCGCUUGGACGCAAUUCUGGCCGGCGACGAGUGUGCGGUGGGAGCCAACGAAACGUGCAAGACCGUUCUACUCGAGUCGGCCAAGGCGAUGCUGGCGAACUAUACCAACGUGACGUCCGUGACGGACGAGGAGGUGGCCAAGCUCACGACGUUGAUCGCCACCGCCGUCGACGAGACGCGCGACCUGUACUUCGUCCUGGUCGAGCUGGGGCACGUGAUCAGUGCGCCAGCUUGGAUCGACUGGACCACCGUCGGCCACGUCGGCACGGAUGUGAAUCUGUACUGCAAGGGUCCGCUGAUCUUCGAGCGCAUGUGCAAGGGAGUGCAUGAGAACGUCUACUUGAACAAACUGAUGGCGUCCUUCUUGGGUUUGGAGCAUCAGCAGGAACUCGAGACGAUGAAGCACCGCAACAUCUCCGUGCUUGAAGACCCGCUGGCAUUCUGA